GAACAUGGCAACCAUUAAGGCCAUCGAGGCCCGUUCGGUCCAUCAAAUUCAAUCCGGCCAAGUCAUUGUCGAUCUUUGUUCAGUUGCGAAGGAACUGGUCGAGAAUAGCAUCGAUGCCGGCGCCACAUCCAUCGAGGUGCGAUUCAAAAACAACGGCUUGGACUUGAUCGAGGUGCAGGAUAACGGCAGUGGCAUCUCACCUGAGAAUUACGAGAGUCUUGCGCUCAAGCAUUACACCUCCAAGCUUUCCUCGUUCGAUGACCUCUCGCGUCUACACACCUUCGGCUUCCGCGGUGAAGCACUGUCGUCGCUAUGUGCCCUGUCCGAAUUUCGCGUCGUCACCGCCCAAGCCAACCAAGCCCCGAAGGCCAACCGCCUUGAUUUCGAACCGUCUGGAAAGUUGAAAAAGACGCAAAUCGUCGCUGGUCAACGGGGUACAACGGCGUCAGUGGAGGGACUGUUCAAGCGACUACCCGUCCGGCGUCGCGAGCUGGAAAAGAACAUCAAGCGGGAAUACGGCAAGGUUCUGAAUCUUCUGCAUGCGUAUGCGUCUAUCAGCGUGGGGAUCCGAUUCAGUGUUCGAAACACUGUAGGAAAAUCUCGCAAUGUGGUUGUCUUUUCCACGAACGGCAACCAAACCACGAAGGAAAAUAUUGCCAAUGUUUACGGCGCGAAGACACUUCUGGCUCUGAUCCCGCUCGAUUUGGAAUUGGAGUUUGAGCCAUCGGCCACGGCUAGGAGGAUUGCUGAGCGGGAUGGUAAAGAAGCGAAUAAGAUCCAGGUUCGAGGGCAUGUUUCUCGUCCGGUAUUCGGAGAGGGAAGGCAAACGCCUGAUCGCCAGAUGUUCUUCGUGAACUCCCGUCCCUGCGGUCUGCCACAGAUUGCGAAGGCGUUUAAUGAGGUCUACAAGUCGUUUAAUGUCUCGCAGUCGCCAUUUGUUUUUGCGGAUUUCCACAUGGAUACCCACGCGUACGACGUCAAUGUGUCUCCUGACAAGCGAACGAUCCUUUUGCAUGAUGCGGGUGCUAUGAUUGAGUCCUUGAAAACUUCUCUAACGGAAUUGUUCGAGUCUUCAGAUCAGACCGUUCCUCAGUCCCAAAUUCUUGGCUCCAAGCAGCCGACCCCCAAGCAAAACACCAGAGGAUUGCGUGAUGUUAUUGCUCGCAGACCUGCAGCUGACGAGUCGAAAGAGAAGUCGAAUAACGUGGCAAACCGCGAAGAGGAAGAAGAGGAAGAGGAAGAGCAAGAAGCCGAAGAACCAGUUGCAGAACAGGAUCAGCUGAGUUCUCAAGGUAGGCUGAAAAGCUUUCUCAGUGGUAUUGGCUCCCGUCAAGAGCAAGACGGACCUCUAUCUUCUCCUGCCCGAGCUGGCACAUCAAGACUGCAAGACAAAACCUCUCUUCCAGUGACGCCUCGAAACAAACCAGGAAUAACUGGUCAUGACGACAUCCCACAGCCGUCCGAUGAUGACAAUACAGACAACGAACGUCCUGCAGAUCCAAAGGAGAAGCCUUCCCCUCCAGAAGAUGCUGAAUCAGCUGGGGAAUUGGAUGAACCUGAGGAUCAGGACCCCCAGAGUAGCGUCCCGGAUGAGCAAUCUGUCUCCAGAAAUGGCGAUGAAUUUAUGGAAACACCCAAUGUUAUUCAGAAUGCAUUUGACAGAAUGCGCCCGAGACGGAUGCCAGCGGAGAUCGCCACAAUCACCAUCGGUGACAAAACAGUUACGUCUAUGAUAGGGAGCGGUGCUCCUCGAAAGAGGGAUGUGGAAUCAAUAAAUACAGAGAAUAUUUCCUCAGCUCGGAAAAGACGAAUCCACACCCCUUCUCGCUCAGGUAUUUUCGGUAAACAUAUGAGGGACUUUGCUGCUCCGGGCUCACAGUUAGAGCAAACAGCCAACAGCGAGGAUGAGGACGAGGUUGAAGACGAGGAAGAAGACGCCGUGGACGAACCCUACGAAGAUGAAAUGGAAGAUGACGAAGAGGAAGAAAACGCCGAGUCGAUCGAUGAUGGGGAACCAGAAGAUGGGUCUCAAUCUUAUGCCCCGUCGGAUCACGGUGAUGAUCGUUUAGCCGGCCAAGAUGCCAAUCAAGACUUGAUUGACAGGGAAGACCACGAAGAGGUUGAAAGGACAACGUCACAGCCGCCACCGGCAUCUGUCGAAGGACCUAUGGACUACGAUGAUGACGAGAAAAAGAAGCAUGAAGAAGCCGAGGUUCAACGACUCAUUCAGGAGGCAGAGGACAAGGCUGUUCUACCACAGGAAAACAGCUUGAACCGAGCGAAUAAACUGAAUAAAGGCGCCGCUCAUCGCGAUUCUACGGUUCAAUUAGCGUGCACUAUUGAUGGAUCACUGUCCAGAAUUCAACUACAAGCGGAGCAACUUCAAGAGCAUGUUCGACCGAAUGCUGAGGAUCCUGCCAAUCAGGAUGACAUCGAGGCGGCAAUGUCCCAGGAGACAGCCGAAGAAAGAUUAUCUUUAACCGUGACUAAGGAAGACUUCGAUAAGAUGCGGAUUAUCGGGCAAUUUAACCUCGGAUUCAUCAUCGCUACACGACCCUCAGGCCAGAAUGCAGCCUCGAAUUUACCCAGCUGCAAGGAUGAACUCUUCAUCAUCGACCAACAUGCCUCAGAUGAGAAAUUCAACUUCGAGCGGCUGCAGGCCGAGACCGUUGUUCAGAACCAACGGCUGGUCCAACCGAAAACGUUGGAUCUUACAGCCGUGGAGGAAGAGAUAGUCAUUGAGAACCAGGCCAUCCUGGAGAAAAAUGGAUUUGUGGUGGAAGUCGAUGACAGUGGAGACGAGCCUAUAGGCCGCCGCUGCAAGCUGGUCUCGCUACCUCUCAGUAAAGAGGUGGUCUUUGGCUUGCAGGACCUGGAGGAGUUGAUUGUUUUGCUGUCCGAGAUGCCAGCAGCCAGUGCGACGGGACCGGCGUCGCACAUGUAUAUACCACGUCCUGGAAAGGUGCGCAAGAUGUUUGCCAUGAGGGCGUGUCGGUCCAGUAUCAUGAUCGGCAAAAACUUGACUCAGAAGCAGAUGAUCAAGGUGGUGAGGAACAUGGGGACCAUCGAUAAGCCAUGGAAUUGCCCGCACGGCCGACCAACCAUGAGGCAUUUGAUGAGCCUGGGACAAUGGAAUGAAUGGGACGAAUUCGGAGACGAUGGCGAAGGGCUGGAUCCUGACGACAAUCGACCGUCCGACUCAUUGAGCGCCUGGAGGGAAUUCUUUGAGGAAAACGGAGCCUCCGGCGAUGAAGAUGGAGACGAGGACGCAGACGAAGAUGAAGAUAUGAACGAGGGUGACAAUACCGACGGAGAAUCAGAGAGGUAGUUGCCCAGAGAAUUUGGAUAUGAACUUAGCCACCAGUCCGAC